AAAAAAGCAAACCAAACGAAAUAAAACCAUUAGAAGGAAUUGAUUUAAAUGGAGCAAGUAAAACAACACUAGAAGCCCUUUAUAAUAACCGUGGCAAAGGUGGCGAUGAAAUUUUUAAUAAAGCCAAAGGCAAAGCAGAAGUUCAAGCACGAGACUCGACCAAGGAAAAUCCCAUAUCCCAAGAAAAUGUCGCUACUCGGCUAAGGGUAGCCUUAUGUUUAGAAUUAAUGAAAAAUUAUAACUCUUCUGAACUAGAUGAUUUAAAAGAGUUUGCUGAUAAUCAUUUUGCACUUGUUACCGACCAUGCUCGGUAUGUGAACAGAAUUCUUAAAAGACCAAUUAUAACCGUUCACAAAGACGAUCAGGCAUAUUCAACUUUAAAAAGUCCGAAACAAGGGGGGUCUUUUCAUUUUGAGCCUCUUUUUCAACAUAAAAAUAAUGAAGGAGAAAUUCGUUUAAAUUAUUCGCGAGUAGAUUUUGAGGAUGAAGGUAAUGCACUUAAUAAUCGCUCAAUUGUCUUUACAUUGAAUCCAGGAACCUUUGAAAAAAAACAUUUUUCUGAAACACAAAACACUAGACUAAAUGGUAUUACAGUUAAUAAAAUUCGUGUUUUAUAUAAAGACCCCGAAGAAGAAGUAGAAGGAGCGUUUAUUGCCGAAAAGCGAAACCAUAUUAUGGAAAAUGGAACAAAAAAAACAGAUAAAAAUAUUGCUAUCUAUAUCAUUGGAGCCGAUAGAGUUUCGGACGACAGCGGAACACUUAAUAUUGACUAUAAUGAUUUUCAUACAAUAACGAUAUUAAAUUAA